CCAACUUCAUUCCCAUAUUUUCUUUUUCAGGAAAUGAAAAGAUCCGUCGUUUUCUACUCCUUUGCCAUUUUCUUGUUUCUUUGCAAGCAAGAUGCGUUGGCCCAGUACAUAUUGCCGAUGGGGACAGCACCCUAUGGCUUGGCGGUCAGCAACGCGUACAUGCAGAGGGGACGCGCCAUUGGAGCGGCACAGAGUGGUCUGUUCGGUGCGGGCAUGCGACCAGCUCGCACUGGCGCCAUGACGCCACGGCUUUACCGACCCUAUGGUCUAUACCCAGGUGGUCCUUAUCCUGGUCCCACUGCUGUGCAGCCGAUAGCGGCGGCGCCACCCACCUACCUUGCUACUCAACCGGUACCCGUGCAGCCCCAACCACACGAGCUUCAGCCGGCGCCACAGGCUCAAGUAUACGUUCUGCAAGCAGCACCGGCGCCCCAGGCGCUACUGUACCCUCAGCCGUUACUGGUACCUCAGCAACUGUACCCGCUUAAGCCUGGUCCAGCGGCCCCUCAGCUGUAUGCGCACCAGGCCGUGUUAGUACCGCCACCACAACCGUAUCAUUUUCAACCUUUAGCAACCAUUCAGCAGCAGCCGUACACAGUUCAGCAGCAAUCAGAGCUACAACCACAGCCCAACCCUGUUCUCGCACCACCGGAAUUCCAGCCAGAAUCUUCCCUUGACCAGAGGUCUGCAGCCACCCAGCCAUCCCAGCCGCAAACGUACGCGGCUCAGCCACGACAACUGCUUUUGUACAGCAUCGACCCAGCUACUUCUUUUCGGAAUGAACCGGAUCGCGAUUCUGUCCACGUCGAACGUGAUCCUGCGAGCGUAGAUAACGUGCACGCGCAAGCUGUGACACGCACGAACUCCUUGCCAUUCAGCUUGGUGCAACAAGCUUUUCCGGGAGGCUCGGUGCUGUUCCCUGUUCACAACAGAAGCCUACCCGGUUUGGCCCUAGCGCAGCGACACCUCAACCAAGCCAAGGAGUGGAUUUCAUCCAUACCAUCAAUUAACGUAAAACCACAGCAGUCUAGCACCUUAGCUCGGGUUUUACCAUGGCUUUCAACGAAGGUGCCAUGGCUGCACCGCGAAGCUUCAUCGCAAUUGAAAGAAAGCGAAGAAACAAUACUAAAAAAUUCCAGGAACCCAAAGGAAAGAAUUGAACAGCAACAACAAAGGUUACGGCUCUGGCAAGAAAGGCAGCGGCGACAGCUGUCUAUGCAGCGUCUGCAGCAUCAGCAGUUACUUAAGCAAAAUAAUGAAAAGCGGAGGAAGCUUCAGGAGCAAAGGCGACAGCGAGAGAGGCAACAGCGGUUGUUGGCACAAAGAACACGUGAACAACAUCUGAGGCAACAACGAGCUCAUCAAGGGGCAGUGAAGCAGAACAAGCAAUUCAGGCAAGGUCAAUUCCUUUUGCACGAGCAACGCCGACGGCAGCAUAGUGAACCAUGGACAAGACAUAUGGCUCCAGGAUCCGUGUUCACGUCACCGAGGCAAAUUCACGUGGCAUCUGUACAACAAGCCCAAGGAUCAGCUUCAAAAAGGCAAACCAGCGCUUUGGUUCACCCACAAGCAAGACGUGGCGGAAAUAUCAGCAUCGUUAGAGGACCUUCAUCUGGAGUAACAGUCAAUAAGACAGCCUCUGGAAGCAGUAUUAACGUACAGGUCCAACCAGGGAUUCGUGGAGCUUCUAACAAGCAUAUUGUUGUGAAGAAUCCUUGGACAGGAGUGACAAUCAACAAAACAGUCACCGCGCAAGGUGCUUCCGUCCAAGUAAAACGAGACCCUCGAGUAUCUGUAAAAAGUCAAAUACUGGUCAAGAACCCAUGGACAGGGGUUACUGUCAACAAAACAGUCUCUGUGGGUGAUGUAAAUGUGGAGAUACAGAGCAAGAAGCAAGGAUCUCCGAUGUCGCGGACAUUUGUACAAAAUCCUUGGACAGGAGUGACAGUCAAUAAGACUAUAAGUGGAAGCGGUGCCAGCGUCUCAGUAAAGCGGGGUCAACAAAAAGUUCCUGGCAGCCAAAUAGUUGUUCAAAACCCAUGGACUGGUGUGACCGUAAAUAAAACAAUAACCGCCAACGGCGUCAACGUGCAAGUGCAACGUGAAAGCCAUGUGAUUCCUAGCAGACAAGUUAUGAUGCAGAAUCCUUGGGCAGGAGUGACUAUCAACAAAACAGUAACCACGCAAGCUACCAAUGACCAAAUAGAGCAUGAAGCCUUGGCAUCUCCAAUCCACAAAGUCCUGGUUCACAACCCGUGGACGGGGGUUACAGUUAACAAAACAAUCACUAAAAGUGAUGUGAAUGUCGAAAUUAAUCAAAACGAGCAGGGAACGUUGAAGAAACAAAUAUCUAUAAAGAACCCUUGGGCAGAAGUGACAGUGAACAAAACUCUAGCUGGUGGUGACAUCGCCGUCACUGUCCAGCGCGACCAACAAGAAGUUCCUAGCAACCAAAUAUUCGUACAGAACCCUUGGACUGGAGUGACUGUCAAUAAAACAAUAAAUGCGAAGGGUGUCAACGUGCAAGUACAAAGUGGGAAUCAUGGCAUUGCUAGCAGUCAAGUUGUAGUCCGGAAUCCCUGGGCAGGAGUGACAAUCAACAAAACAGUUACCGCGCAAGGUACCAACGUCCAAAUAGAGCGCGGCUCUGGAGUGUUUCCAAGCCACCAAAUCCUGGUUCAAAACCCAUGGACGGGGGUUACAGUGAACAAAACUGUAACUGGUAGUGGUGUCAGCGUCUCCGUGCAGCGUGACCAACAAGAAACUCUUAGCCGUCAAAUACUUGUUCAGAAUCCUUGGACUGGAAUGACUGUCAACAAAACGAUAAAUGCGACAGGGGUCAACGUGCAAGUGCAAAGUGGGAAUCAUGGCAUUGCUAGCACUCAAGUUGUAGUUCAGAAUCCCUGGGCAGGAGUGACAAUCAACAAAACAGUUACCGCGCAAGGUACCAACGUCCAAAUAGAGCGCAACUCUGGAGUGCUUCCAAGCCACCAAAUCUUGGUUCAAAACCCAUGGACGGGCGUUACAGUGAACAAAACUGUAACUGGUAGUGGUGUCAGCGUCUCCGUGCAGCGUGACCAACAAGAAACUCCUAGCCGUCAAAUACUUGUUCAGAAUCCUUCGACUGGAAUGACUGUCAACAAAACAAUAAAUGCGACAGGGGUCAACGUGCAAGUGCAAAGUGGAAGUCACGGAACUGCUAGCACUCAAGUUGUAGUGCAGAAUCCCUUGACAGGAGUGACGAUAAACAAAACAAUUACUGCACAUGGUACCAACUUCCAAACAGAGCGUGACUCCCAAGUGUCUCCAAGCCACCAAAUCCUCGUUCAAAACCCACUGACUGUAGUUAAAAUCAACAAAUCGUUCACUGGAAGCGACGUGAAUGUCGAAAUCCAGCACAAUGAGCGAGGAACGUCCGAGGAGCAAAUAUCGGUAAAGAACCCUUGGACAGAAGUGACGGUCAACAAAACCAUAAUUGACAGUGGUGUCAGAGUUUCAGUGCCGCAGAGCGCACAGGAAGUUCCUAGCAGCAAAAUAGCCAUCCAAUACCCAUGGAUAGGAGUAAAUAUCAGCAAAUCAAUCACAGGACCAAACGUCAACGUAUCUGUCGAGCACAGCAGCCAAAUGCAAGACCGAGAAUCUCAGGAUACAGUUGUAAUCAGAAGGGCAGACCCUGGAACUAAUGUCAAUGUGGACGUCGAGCGCGCUGCACAAGGGUAUGUUAGCAAGCAGGUAGUUGUACAAAAUCCUUUCACAGGCGUGACAGUGAACAAAAGCACAAGUGACCAUGCUGUCAACAUCUCAGUCUACCAUGACCUCGCAAAACUUUCCAGUGGCCACGUGGUCGUCGAUAACUCGCAGACUGGAUUAGGAGUCAGCAAUUCAAUAAUUGCAGGAAAUGUAAAAGUGGAGCCACAGAAUAGCAUGGAAGAAGAUCGUAGUGGCAAGACAACUGCACAGAACUCCUUGGCAGGAGUGACUGUUAACAAAUCCUUAAGUGGUAGCAGCGUCAACGUCUCCGUCCAGCGUGGUCCGUCAGGACUUCUAAGCAAACGAAUAGAGAUUUACAACCCUUGGGCAGGAACGACUGUUAACAAAACAAUCAGUGAAGAUGGUGUAAACGUUUCAGUGCAAAAUGGUCUUCUAGGGGCCCCAAAUAGUCAACUAAUUGUCGAAAACCCGUGGGCGGGAGUGACGAUUAACAAAACCACUACCACAAACAACAUUAAUUUUGAGGUCCAACGGAGCGUAGAUGGAGCCUACAACAGUCAUAUAGUGGCAACAAAUCCUUUCACAGCAGUGACAGUCAACAAAACAAUUAGCGGUAGUGGUACGAAAGUCUCAGUCAAGCAAGGCGCAGGGGACGUCCUGAAUAAACAUAUAGUGGUCCAAAAUCCGUGGACAGGUGUGACGGUAAACAAAACAAUCACCGGAAACGGCGUAAGUAUCCAGGUAGAACGCGGUGUGCAAACGGCGUCGAGACCUGACGUUGUUCAAGGCGCAGGAACAGGAGCGACAAUUAAUCAAACUCUUAGUGCAAAUAACUUGAACAAUGUAGCACAACGUACCGGUGGAGAAGUUAUUAGUAAAACCGAAAUCGAACUACCGUGGGCAGGCUUUUCUGUAAACAAAACCAUAUCUACAAGCGGUCUAAAUGUGGAAAUUCAUCGUGGCCUUCAAAGUGUUCCAGCCUCUCGAAUUGUGGUCCAGAAUCCCUGGGUGGGAGUAGAAGUCAACAGAACAAGAACCGGGAGCGGUGUAAACAUGGAAGUCCACCGCAGCACUCAAUUAGAUACCAGUAGACUAAUCACCCCACAGCAUCAUUCUACGGGUGCAACAGUUGACACCAGCAAUGAUGUCAGUCAGGAAGUCAUUAGUGACACGCAACAACAGCCCAACGUUCAAAUUUUGGUCGAGAAUCCCUGGACGGGAAUGAAAGUCAACAAAACCAUAAGUAGAACUCAUUCGAACGUUGCAGCCCACCUCGGGGUCCAAAAAGAUUCAACUUUCCAGUCGUCAAAUGUACAGAACCAAAUCGUUAUUCAAAACCCAUUUACAGAAGUGACAGUAAACAAAACCACACUUGGAAGAACCGUAGAUGUUCAAGUUAACCGGAAUAACCAGCAGCCUUUCAAGAAGCAAGUAACUAUAACUCACAAUCUUCUAACAGGCACGACUGUAAACAAAACACUAACAAGCAGCAAUGUCAACGUGAUCGUACAGCAUGGGAGCCAUAGGGUUGUUACGCCAAAUAUAGUUGCGACUGCGAGUCAGCCCAUCAUCCAUAUUAAGCCUGUAGUACGCCGUCUGCACCAACAUCAUGUAAAGGAGGUGGUUGACCCUCAGGCUGCAAACUACCUCUUACCACAGCGACAAUUCUUCCCGUUCUUCCAAGCUCGCCGAAACUUGAAUUUUCAGAUGCCUCCAUACGCGCAUCCAUACAUUCCUUUCAUGCGAGGAAACCACUUUACGAAGAAAAGACCUUUUUGGCACGGCUUUCGUUUAGUAAGGCCUCCAAGUUACAGGCAACCGCAGGUCAUACCUAACAUAUCCAUUGACACUCAGGGAAGUGGCUCUGUUGUCUCGCACACCGAGAUUUACCAAAACGGACGACCUCUGGUCAAGAACCGAAUAAGCGUAAACCAAGAUUUCACAGUCAUCACAAGAGUUCAUCGAUUCGCUGCCGACGUUUUGAGCAUCAACUACACUUUCAACUCUCAAGAAGCCGAAGGUAGUCGCAGUGACGUCAAGAACAACGUCGUAAAAAGUGAGUUUCAUGGCUUUAUGACAACACGACAGUGGUUCAAGCCGAAAAUUAACGUGGACACCGGAGGCGAUGACGUCAGCGUGAACACGCAGAUAUACCAGUAUGGAAGACCGGCCGCAAAUUCAGUUGUUGACAAUCGUGCUGGGUUCGUGCUAAUCACAGCGGUCCACAAGCUCCAAAGUAAACCCUUGAGCGUCAAGUACACGUUUCUUCCGCUCGGAACGCGAUAGUAAAAUAUCUGCGAGUAGAACUUGGAGGCACGCAAUAACAACUAUAGAGGACAAGGUUAGGCUAACCAUGCUAAGAUAAUGAAAUAUAAGACAUGUAAGUAGUUAUUUAUCUUUGAUCAAGGAACUGUGGAACACAAUAUAACUAUGAAAUACAAUAUAACUAUGGAAAGAAAACGUUUCUUUUAUGUGCCACGAAUACGUUAGCCUAGCGAUGUACGAUAAGCAUGAAACGCAAAAUGAUAGCAGCAAUCAGAAAACAAAGUGCAGGGUCAGGCACUAUUCAGUAAUACAUGUACUGUAGCAUACCGGUGCCUACCUGAAACGGAAAUCUAUUGCAGCCCCGUUAUACCACUGUUUAAAGUCAUAUCAAAAGUUGCAAUAGUGAGUAGUUGCUUCACUUUUGUGUUUUAUACAUUAUAACUGAAUCAUGUCAUGAGAGAGAUUGUUGAAAAUUGUUUAAACAUUGUAUGCUAUGAAGUAAAAUUCAAUAUUUUGAAUCUCUAUUACAUUGUGCUGUUUACACUGUGCAGUUGACGAUCACUAAUUAAGUGCUUAGAAUGCAAUCGAGGGCUUUUAUACUGAGGGAAGCAAAUUGAUUGACCGGUGUAUUCAUUCACUGACCGCAGUGGAGCCCCAAGAACAUUGUUUGCCAAGCUGUACACCUUUAAAACGGACGUUUUGUUUAACACAAAUGUGUACAGAAGAGACGCAACCUUUAUAUACUAGUUAAUACGAGCAAGACAUGCUGUGACGAAUGGUUACGACGAGAUAACGGCAACUACGUUUGAAGGUCGUGCGGGUUGCAUGUGUAUGUACUGAAAUAAUUUUGCCGAAUAAAUGGACCAUACUGUAAACUA